GGAUCAGAGCUUCCCUCCAAGGGGAUGGAUCCCCAGAGAGAGAGACCCAAGAAAAUGAACACAGAACAUCUAAUUGCUGACAGGCAGGAUGGAAUUGGUGUCUGUGGCUGGAUCCUGGUUUCCCUUUCGUUCCUCCUGGUGCUUAUUACCUUUCCUGUUUCCAUCUGGACCUGUAUUAAGGUUGUCAGAGAAUAUGAACGUGCUGUUGUAUUUCGUCUGGGACAUAUACUGUCUAAGAAAGCAAAGGGACCAGGAAUGAUCCUUGUCCUUCCAUGUACAGAUACAUUUGUCAAGGUUGAUCUUAGGAUGGUUACCUGUAAGAUUCCUCCACAAGAGAUUCUCACAAGAGAUGCUGUUACUGCCCAGGUGGACGGGGUAGUGUGCUACAGGAUCCACAGAGCUGUCAGUGCUGUUGCCAAUGUCACUGAUGUCCACUCUGCGACCUUGCUUCUGGCACAGACAACCCUGAGAAACGUUCUGGGUACACAGAACUUGGCUCAGAUGCUGGCAGGUCGUGAGGAGAUUGCACACAGUAUCCAGGCUACCCUCGACAGUGCCACGGAGCAGUGGGGAGUCAAAGUGGCCCAUGUGGAGGUCAAAGACAUCCGCAUCCCCAUGGCCAUGCAGAGGGCAAUGGCAGCUGAAGCAGAGGCUGCUCGAGAGACAAAAGCAAAGGUUGUGGCAGCUGAAGGAGAAAUGAAUGCUUCCAAAGCUCUCCAGCAGGCCUCCCUGGUGCUGACCAAGUCUCCAGCAGCUCUGCCACUGCGUUACCUGCAAACUUUAACAGCUGUGGCAGCACAGAAUAAUUCCACCAUUGUCUUCCCUCUCCCGAUAAAUCUGUUUGGGAGUUUGGGGAAGAAAAGUACAGGGGCAUAG